CCGGCGCUUGUUCGGCCGGUUGUUCAAAAUGAGCUCGCUGGCUGUGAAAACGAUUAUUUCUCUGCUCACAUGGCGGGUUUAUUAAAUGCAGAAAAACGCUUUAGAGUCCUAUAGAGUGUACUACAGGAUCAACUUCACUGUGUCUCCACCGGACUAUGUUCAAAAAGAUGACUGAAUUUGGUCCAGAUUCCGGGGGGAGAGUUAAGGGAGUGACGAUCGUGAAGCCGAUUGUGUUUGGAAACGUUGCACGCUACUUUGGGAAAAAGAGAGAGGAGGAUGGACACACACAUCAGUGGUCUGUCUAUGUGAAGCCUUACAGGAAUGAGGAUAUGUCCGCGUAUGUGAAGAAAAUCCAGUUCAAGCUACAUGAGAGCUACGGUAACCCACUGAGAGUGGUGACGAAGCCUCCAUAUGAGAUCACAGAGACGGGCUGGGGGGAGUUUGAGAUCAUCAUCAAGAUCUUCUUCAUUGACCCCAACGAGAGACCUGUGACUCUGUACCAUCUGCUGAAGCUGUUCCAGUCGGAUUCCAGCGCCAUGCCCAAGAAGACAGUGGUCUCUGAAUUCUAUGAUGAAAUGAUCUUCCAGGAUCCUACAGCCAUGAUGCAGCAGCUACUGACCACAUCGAGACAACUCACCCUGGGAGCAUACAAGCACGAGACAGAAUUUGGUGAGCUGGAGCAGAGGACCAAGGACAAGAUGGAAUCAGCAAAGAAGAGAACUAGCCAGGAGAUUACAGAGCUGAAAGACAAACUAAAAGCCAGUAGAGAAAACAUCAACCACCUGAAAGCAGAGAUCAGAAAACUGGAGGAGGACGGAGACCACAAGGAGCACUGAGAAAUGGACACACACACACAAAAAAUAUUUGAAAAAAACAAAACAAAACAAAAAAGACUAAACAUUGUUGUGACUUAUUUUAUAGUUAAACUUUUUGGUUAUUAUUUUUUUGUGUUUUUUGUGGUACAUGUAUACACAGUUUAACAUAGCUAAAAAAAGACUUGAGACCGAUUUCCUCUUUUUUUAUAGCAGCACUGAUCAAAUAUUGUCAGCCAUCACACUUGUGGCUAAAACAGAUUUUGUGAUUGCUGCGUUAUUGUAUACCUGUCGUCAUUUUUGCCCAGACAUUGCUGGAUCAGCUAGCUGUGAGGUGGAAUGAUUAAGUAAAUGUUUUCUGAUAUGUUUUUUCAACAAUAAUCCUAUCCAGUCCUCUUCGUGUAAUUGAGCCUGUGUUGCAAAAAUCAUUUAGCAUCCACAUAGUUUUCCACCUACUUACUGACAUAUCUACAAUUAUGUGAACAGUUUUGAAUGUGAAUAGCUUUUUUUUUUUUUCUUUUUUACUGAUCUUUUGGUUUUCUAUAAAAACAGGAUUGCUUGAACAUGUUUGUUCUGUUGUAAACACUUAGAGUUCUUGAGGGUUGAGUCCUAAAACAUGAUUUAGCAUACUUGUCACCGCAUUGGAUUUAGUUUCUGACACAAUGAAUAAAGCAAACCAGG